UUCAGUCUCUCCGGGUUGCAUGUACUGUAUGUGGAGCAGCGUACAGUGCAAACCGAGGCUCUGCUGAGUGCUCUUCUCUUCACUUUCACAUAGAGAAACACUGACUGGCCACUGAAACACACACACACACACACACACACACACAGAGGUCAUUAUCACAUGACAAAGGUUUUGAGACAGCUUCAUCUUCCUCUGUCUGCAAUUUCCAUUUGCCUUCCUGGUAAUCCAGUAUACAAAGUAGUCCCUGGUGUUUCACUGCACUCGAUAUUGUGACAAAGCAACUGCAGGGUUUCAGUCUCUUGUGAUGUCAUAAUUCUACUAGUUCUCCAGGCUGCUGAGACUCUUCACCCAGAAGCAGGUCACAGUAAUGAAAGGCAGUAAUCGGAAUAAGGAUCAUUCAACAGAAGGAGAGGGAACUGGGAAACGACCAAAGAGAAAGUGUCUUCAGUGGCAUCCAUUACUUGCAAAGAAAAUCCUUGACUUUUCUGAAGAGGAGGAGGAAGAAGAGGAAGAAGAAGAUAUCGAUAAGGUCCAACUUCUUGGGACUGAAGGUCUAGAGCACGAUGCUGAUGAAACCGAAGAUGAUGAAUCCUCAGAGCAGCGAGCCCGUAGGCCAAUGAACGCGUUUCUCUUAUUUUGCAAACGUCAUCGCUCCCUUGUGCGGCAGGAACACCCCCGUCUGGACAAUCGUGGUGCUACCAAGAUAUUGGCAGAUUGGUGGGCUGUUCUAGACCCUAAAGAAAAGCAGAAAUACACUGACAUGGCCAAGGAGUACAAAGAUGCAUUUAUGAAGGCAAAUCCUGGCUACAAGUGGUGCCCUACAACAAACAAACCUGUGAAAACCCAGUCAUCCACUGUUACAAACAGGAAAAAGCUAUGGGCCUUCCCGCCAGAAUCUGCAAAAGAUUUACCAAGUCCCAAGAAAUUGGCAAAGACUGAAGAAAUGCCUCAGCUGAACUUUGGAAUGGCAGAUCCUACGCAGAUGGGAGGCCUGAGUAUGCUGCUUUUAGCAGGGGAACAUGCCCUGACUGCACAAGAGGUUUCCUCAAGUACUUGCCAGUCUGAUGCAUCUAAUUCUACUGAAGCGUGUCGGAAGUCACCAUUGUUCCAGUUUGCAGAGCUCUCUUCGAGCCCAUCACAAUCUGAUGCCCCGGAGGCUGCAAAACAAACUGAGGAGUCGGCACUGUUUCAGUUUGCAGAGAUCUCAUCAAAUACUUCACAGCUGGGGAGUCCUGAGCCUGUAAAGCACUGUGGGAAGUCAGCACUCUUCCAGCUGGCAGAGAUUUCCUCGAGUACAUCCCAUUCAGGCCCUCCUGACUUAACAAAUCAGUGUGGGACGUCAGCGUUGUUUCAGUUGGCAGAGAUGUGCCUUGCAUCAGAGGCGGUAAAAGUGAAAGAACCUGGGAAGGUGAAAGUGGAAACAUCGGUGGAUGUGAAAGCAGAAGCUCCAGAGGAAGUGAAAGUGAAAGAAUUGGAGAAGAUGAAUGUGAAAGACUCGCAGGAAGUAAAAGUGGAAGAAUCUGAGAUGGUGAAAAAUCAAAAUGACGAAAAGACAAAAACUGAAGAGUUGGAGAAAGUUACAAAAUGCAGUCACUUUACUGAUCUGGCAGCAGACAGCAGUACUUUAGAGAUAAAUGAUAGUACCAGUGCAAAGGAUCACACAAGCCAUUCUCAAGAGCUUUCACUUGCUGACUUUAAUACCCUGGGGCUGAGCAAACCAGAAAAGAUAAAAAAGAAAAAGAAAAAAAAUAAGCUGGACCGGCACACAAACGAAAAAUCCACCCCCAAGAAGGCUUGUAAAAAGAGACAGUCCUCUGAGUCUGACAUUGAAAGUGUCAUUUAUACUAUUGAAGCAGUUGCAAAGGGCGACUGGGGUGCAGAGAGACUCGGCGAAAUCCCCCGGAAGAAGGUCCGCCCUGUCUCAAACAUGAAAGGAAGUGUGUUGGACACAAAGUCACCAAAGAAAAAAGUGAAAUCAAAAGAGAAGAGAGCAUCAAAGGAGAAAUCCUCGGAGACCACCAAAGAAUCAAAGCCUCCUGACUUUCUUAGUAUUACAGCCAAUAUGGAGGCGCCUUGUGAGGUACCUGACAACAUAAAAGCAGAACCAUUGACCCCAACAGAGGAUGUGGUACCACAGAGUUUACCUGGACAGGUCAAAACAGCAGACAGUGACUGUAAUAAAAAGAUUGAAACCUGUGGCUCCAGGAAAUCAGAGCGAUCUUGCAAAGGUGCUCUUUAUAAGACUCUGGUGUCAGAGGGCAUGCUCACGUCCCUGCGUGCUAAUGUGGAUAGAGGCAAACGAAGCUCAGGAAAAGGCAACUCCUCAGACCACGAAGGAUGCUGGAAUGAAGAAAACUGGGCCUUUUCCCAAAGUGGGAUGAGUGGGAGUAAAAAGCUGAAAAAAACUAAGCCAAAGGAAGAAUUUGUUUUGGGUUUAGCAAAAUUGGAAGAAGAAUUUGAAAAAAAAUUCAACAGCCUCCCUCAGUACAGUCCCAUUACGUUUGACCGGAAAAGCGCAUCUGUUCCAAGGAAAAAGAAGAAGGUUGGAAGCUGCCCAGUGGAACAACCAAAAUCCAACAAAGGUUCAUUCCAGUCUCAGAAAAAGAACUUAUUCCACAAAAUUGUCAACAAAUAUAAGCACAAAAAGGAGAAGCUUAAUGUUCCGGAAAAAGCCAUACUUGCAGAAGACAAAACCUCCAGAGAGCCUGCACGGAAGAAUAAAACUUCUGUAUCUGUCCCAAAUACUCCAGAGCCAGCACUGCUGCAUGAACCCUUGGUUGGUAGCCAAAAGAGGAAAGCGAGGAAAACGAAGAUCACACAUCUUGUUCGGACAGCAGAUGGCCGAGUGUCACCAGCAGGAGGGGCUCAGGAGGAAAAACCAAAGGAGCUACCACAGAGUAGUCUCCAAAAAACAUCCAGUGCAGAGACCGAUUGCAACGACGAAUGCUCUAGAAGCACAGAAGCAGAGGACACUCACAGUAUUACGCCAGGCAUGCCGACUGUGUCUGCAUUCUUUAGCCUAGCUGCUCUAGCAGAAGUAGCAGCAAUGGAAAAUGUACACAGAAGUCAGAAGGCAGCGCCUCUCCCACGUGAUGGACAGCCAAAAGAAAUGUCUCAGGCUCCGGUGCUUAUUUCCUGCGCCGACCAGUGAAGCUCCACCUUACUGUAAAACAUUGUGCUUUACCUAAUAUCCUAGCCUUGUCUUUACCAAGGGAAGCUAGUCAGUCCAUAUGAUGGAAAAUAUAGACUUGCAAACAAGUGCUUAUUGCUGUGAGUGGCCCAGAUUUCACUUGAAGCCAGAAGUUAGCAACUUGGGCCAAGUCCUCCAAUUGGAACCCAGAAUCUAGGAAGGUGGUGUCAUUUGUCUAAUAAUGAAAAGAAAUGGAACAAUCCUGGCGCUUGCUUUCUAUUGAAGGCUUUUAAACAGUAAAUAGGUGGUUUCUGUGAAAAAGGCUGCCUUUACAGUAGCUCACACAGCAUCCAGAGGGUAUGGAAACUAGUUUCAUAUAAUACCUAGUUACUCUAAACAAAAAUACAAAACAAAAAAAAAAAAACACUGACGCACUGCACUAGUUAUUAGAUAUUCUUAGUCAUUUUUGUACAUGAAGAUUUAAGUUCUAAGAUGGUUUAUAUAAUAGGUUAUGCCUACAUUUAUAUUGUAGAAUGAAUUUAAAAACCUGUUCUGGAGAACUCAAGGCAGCAUGGACAGAUGUACCAUUGUUAGUGGUGUUUGCUCAACCAUGUGGUCCAGAUGUUCUGCACUUUUAUAUUUGCCACCACAGUGGUAGAGUUUACUGGCAAAAAUUCUGACAGGCUGUGUUGAGUGAGUUUGUUUGUUUGUUUGUUUUAAUUUAGCAUUGAAUAACCAGAAUGAUUUGCAUUAGAAAAAGGAGUGGCAUAUGGAAAAGAACAAUACUGCAGAUUACGGACUGGUCUUUCGUGCAUUAGAGGGUUCCUUUAUUUUGCAUAGAGGUCUAAAUGACUGGGUGAAAUGCUCAUGUAAACAAAAAAAGUACUACAAAUACAUUGUUCAGAAGUGACCUUAGUAUUACUUCACUAUUCUGAAAAUCUUGAAGACAUGACUUCAGUAUACAUGCACACUGAUAUACAUACCUUUUACAUUUGACAGACACUGGAAUUAUUGUAAUUACUAUGCGCAAUCUAAAUUGGCUUUGUAGAUUGUAUAAAAAGAGCCAGUUCUAGUUUGUGUUGGUAAAGUGGUAAGUUGUAUGCAAGUAAACCAUGAUUGAAGAAUAAUGUUUGACUGAAGUUAGGCUAUCAAGCAGAGAUCCACCUGCCAGUUCUUGUCCUUGCUUUUGUUUUCUUAAUGUAUUGUGCUCUCAUAAAUACAUCCCAAAAGCCAGCACCAAGUGUAUCACUUGGACUAUAUCUUCACUCUAUUGACUUAAAAUAUUGCAUAAGCCAGGCAGUUGUUUCCUACCAACAGAUGCAAAAUGAUUACUAGAAAUUAAUCGGAAGCUACAAAUUCAACAGGGUACUUCUUUCAUAGCACAAGAUGUUUCCCUACGUUUUGCGUCAUAGCACAAAGAUUUACCAGAUUGGACCCCAGCAAUAAUCUUCUAUUAGUCUUCUUCAUACUGGCUGAAGUUUUGAUAGUAUUAGAUUGAGUUUGAAGCUCUUUAAUUAAGUCUUUAAAUAAUGAGAGUUUACAUGGUUCUAUCAGGCAUUCUUAUUUAUACUUGACUGAAUUGAUGUGUUUUUUGGGGGUGGGGAGGGAUUUGUAAUUCUAAUUUGAUGUAAUAGCCAUAUGGAGAGUAACUCUAUUAAUAGUUGCUAGAUUUUAGCCUUUUGUUGCUGUAGAUAAGUGCAGAUCUUCAGUUUAAAUGUUGGGGAAAUGCUAUACAACAUACCACACACAUUGUAACACAUGAUGGAAGUAUUGAUAAAAAGCAGAUAGCUUAGAAAAUAUUAUUAAAAUGCAUGUAAAAUAUCACCCUCAAAGAUGCUGGAGAAAGGGAAGAAAAAGGAAAUAAAGUUUAAUAGUAAUAAGAGAGUUAAAAGGCUUUUUAAAAUUCAGGUAGAAAUAAGAGUGGUAAAGAGCUCCCUAUUAUGCCAUUGUAGCAUGUGGCAAUAUUUUUAAUAAAAUUUUAUUAACGUUUUCUAAAUUAUUUUAACAAAACAGAAAAACUGUCAACAUUUAAAACAGUUGGGUCACAGUGAGGUGGCUGUUGGCGUUUUGGACCACUUUAUAAAUUAUAAUUAGCUGAAAUCCAAAUAUUGUAUGGUGCAGGCCAUUCACCUUGACAAUGGUACUAACUUAUUUCUCUAGAACCCACUAGAAUAGAUAUAUUUUUUGCCAGAGCACCCCAUCAUUCUUCAAUUUAAAUUUCAGUAUUGUUCCUUAAGAUAUUUCUGUAUAUUAAUGGUACCUUUUUUUAAAAGAAACAAAAAAAAUUACUUUUUCUAUGUGAAUCAAUAUCUAUCUUGAUCUGCUUUUCCUUAGAGAGGGGGUGGGGCUGGGUCAAUGUACUGGAUAUGACUGUUUUCAGAUACUUAUAAACUUUUUUGUAGAUAUGCUUAAUUUUUAAGCAGUUAGGCACUGAGAGUAGCAGAAAUCCUGCAAAGCUUUAUAGUUCAUUAGGCAUUUGCCUUUGUUGGUUCUCGAAGUGAUGUCUUGAUUUCAGUAGCAAGAAUUUCCCCUAAAUCCAGGGGUAGCAGUAUUUUCAGGUAACAAAAUUUGUUAGCACAAGAAAAUUUCAGACCAACAUUUUACUGUAUUGGGUUUUGUUUUGUUUUUUUUUAAUUUUUAUUAUUUUUAGUUCCUUUCAUUUUGGAAAAUCGUAUUGCUGUAGUAUAUACUUCAGCAUACCAGCAAGUACUUUCACCCAUUGACAUAUGUCCACAAAUGCCUCUAGAGAAGAAAUUGUUGCACCUUAUGUAUAUCUCAAGCAAACCAAAAUAUGAUGCUUUUCUGCUUUGUUUAUUCUGAUUAUGUUGUAUCAUUCUUUACUGAACCCAUUCUCACUUAGCUAAACCUGUUGAUAUUUUUGCAUUUAAACUUAAUUUCUGGAUCUGAACCUAUGUAUAAAUCUUUCUUUUAAAAAACAAAAAGCAAUUAUCCCAGUCCUCUCUGAAUUCUUGAUGGAAGUGAGGAAUCUUGUCUCAAGUGUAAAAUGCAGUACUGUUCCAGUUUUCUUUUGCUUUUAUUUAUUUGGUGAUCUUUGAUAUUUUAUGUGUAGUUUUGAGGUAUACAAAGUGUAUUAUAGUAGCUAAAGCUACAGACAUAAGCAGCUGGGAGAAAAAUACUGUAAUGUUUUUUUAAUUGUUUCAGUACUGUAAAUGAAUACGGGAAGAAUGUUCUGCAGAGCAUUUGAGAUGCAGGUUCUGAUCCCCACAUUGUCUUAUAGUCCAGAUUAGACCAAAAUUGAUCAAAAAUGGUAUGGAGAUUAAAUCAUGCUGUUAUAAUUAUGGCAGUAUUUAUCCCUUGAAUGUGCUGUAAUUCCAGACAUCGAAUAUAUUUAUUGAAGAUGAUCAAAUGCUCUUUUAUACUAAUUCAGUGUCCCAAAGUCAUGAGCAAGGAUUUUUUGUUUAUAGUGUGGGUGCAUGAGUUUUGAAAUAGAAAAUAAACAUUGGGUUGGGAAAGGAAGCAGGGACAAGGGAAUGACAGAAUCAUAUGAGCUCAUAUUUAAAUUUCAACUCUUCAUUUUUCCCCCCUUAUUUACUUGAGUGACAUUCUGUCUAUGUAGCAUGAAACUGGUAGGCACUGUGCAGUCUUUGUCUCUAUGUAUUGCCACUUUGCAUCCAUGAUUGAAACCCAAGAGAGUUGUAACUUGCCCCAGAAAAAGGACAUUCAUUAAUCUGGAUGACCUUUAAUGAUAAAGGGUACAUCUUUUAAUAUGAGGCAUUAAUGUGAACCAGUUCUAAACUGUGCUGCCUAUUUAGCUACUGGACAAAUACUGGAAUAUGAUCUGAAUCCAUAGACUUGAGAUAGUUGAGAGGGUGUCAGAGAAAAGAAGGCCUCUUCUCAGCAUGGUGGAGUUACAGCAACAAAGGAGAGGUAAAAUGCUUUACAUUCUGCAAAAGAAAAAAUAGGUUGAAAAUGAUUUAUUGGGUUUGCAUGAUGCUAUUGUGCACAGUGAUUGUUGGCUGCACCUCCCCAGAUGAAUGCUAAUUUUAAUAAGGCUUCCUCUACUAAAAGGCUACUUUCGUUGACUUCCCUUCGCUUUCUAUUUUCUAUUUAAAUGGAAUGUAAUCUGUUCAGCCAUCAAUGCCAUUUUUAUAUCAUGGUAUGUUUUAAUUUCCAAGAACAAUAUUUAUACAGAGGGAACAGUGUAACACAAAAUAUACAGUGAAAGCCGAACUAUUUAUAUUGCUGUUAUGCUUUUGACUUUUGUGUCCUAUUCAUAUAGAUUGUCAGACAUCGUCAUUUUGCUCUUAUUGCUUCAAUAAGAUGGUUUUUGUGACAACAGAAAAUGUAGAGCUCAUCAGGUGAUUAACUUCAGAUAUUCCCAAAGGAAACGGAGUAAUCCAAAAGCUGCUUUUAAUACUUAGUGGGUUACAUUUACUAUAUCAUGAUUUCACCUGAAAACAUAAUUGUGCAACACAUAUGUCAUAAACCAUGUUUUAUCCAUUAGACAAUCUUUCCUGUGCUUGUUAGAUUGUAGAGUUUCUAGAUACCUUUGUCACAUUUUGUAAUAUUUCCAGCAUUAGCACUCUUUACCUUAUACAUGUAUGAAAGAGUCAUCUACAACUGUCGGAACAUUAAGGCAUUUCAGAACAUACAGAGCUGUAAAUUUGCAUUUAGACUGUGACAGAGAAGUUUACCUCUUCCCCUCAAUUCCCCAAUAAAAAGUCACAGUGAGGUUUAUGCUUUUCAAUUAAAUACCAAGUUAGUCUUGCUAAUUUUCUAAUAAUUAAAUUGACAUCUUUUUGAAGAAGACUGUAGAGAGGACACACUGUACCUUAAACUUGUCUGCAGUUCAUUAAGGCAUCCAUCCAGAGAGGACCAAUUUUAUGCCCUAAUUCAGCAAAAUACGUAAACUCAGAUUUACUAAACUCAUCAGCACGUGCUUAAAUGUUAAGCAUAGGUUUGUGUGCUGUCUUGACUCUUGAUGUUUUCGUGAAUUGGGGCCUUAAUUUACAUUGGAUUUUAAACAAAUACUAACAUUUUAACAUUCAUUAAGUUUUUCCAGAGAAUUAUUUUCUAAUUACUGGAUUCUGAUUGUGUUAUCAAAUACCAGGUAGAAACUCCAUAUGCUUCAGUGGAAAAAGAUGUGUUACCUCACAAUCUGUAAUAGAAAUUACUUGGCUAAACAUGCCUCCUAAAAUAACACUCUAAUCCUACCCUUUUUACUCACAAAAGUAAAACAACAAUCAUCUUCACACCAGUGGCUGGAACUUUGAAAGUGACCAAGGAAAUGUAAUGCAGAGCAGUGACCGGCAACUUUUUCUCCAUGAACUAAGUAUUUUACACUUGGGAGUUCAACUGUAAGAUAGCCUGAGGUUUCCCACACUGUCUUAUGAACUUUAUUUUCAUAGGUUUCAGUCUUUCCCUUGCAUGUCACAUGGUAGGAUGAGAUUUUUCAAAGUGUCUAAAGUGAGUAAGGAAUACAAACCCCAUUGAGCUACUCACUUAGCCACGUUAGAAAAUCCUACCCCUAAACAGAGUUUGCUUUGGCCAUCAGGUCUUUCAGUCUAUCAACAGUUGAAACAUGACUGAAUUUCUAUUGUCUUUUUUCAUAGGGCCUGAUCCUUCAACCUUUAUUCUCACACAUAAUUCCAUUGACUUCUGGUCCAUAAUUUGUCUUUAUUUGCUCUAAAGUUUGGUGUAAACAUGUUUUGUAGUGAUUAUUUCCAUUCAGUGGUCUAAUAGAGCUCUUGCCUUCUUAGAUGUGUGUAGUUAAAGUUAAUAAUCACAUUUAUAAAAUGCCUUUCUUCAAAAACUUAUACCUAAUUUGAUAUUUUUUAAAAUGCACAUGUUAAUUCAUGUGUCUAACAUGCUAAAGUACAUUAACUGUGAUCAUGAAACUGAAUAAAAUAUUUGAAAACAAAUAAAUUACUUUCAAAUAAAUUACUUUAUAUUCACUCUAUUUUAGCUAUCCAAUAUGUACUUGUAAAUAAUUUCCCAUUUUAAAUUAAUGGAUUCAAAUAAAUACUUUAAGAAAGUUGAGCUUUUUUGAUAUUUCACUUGCUUCAAGGUCAUCAAGUGCUUGUUUACCUUAAUGUGACUAAUGCAGUAAUUUAUUAGUCUGGCAGUGAAUGAAUUCUACUAAAAUUCAGUUUUUUUUUUUUUAAACUGAAAAAUCGUGUUAGCCCCCUGAAAAAACAGGUUAUUCAAAAACAUAAACUGAACUAAUUCAUCCAACCUGCACGCUAUAAUUUCUGUUUUCUUUAAAACCAACAGUGUAACUCCUCCGGUAGUUAAUCGAAAAUAUGUUGGCUGGGAGUGUUGUUGUUUUAAAUAUUUGUUGUUGUUGUUAUUACACAGAAAAUAUGCCCAAACCAGCGUAGUUUAGACUGUUCAUUUCGAUACACUGAGCUCCCAGUUUCUUUUUAAAACUCGAGGGCCUAAUCCAGCACCAUUGAAAUCAGUGGAAUGACCCCUACAGAUCUCAACAGAUAUUUGGAUCUGGCCCUUACUGUGCUAAUGCUGGCAAAGCACCAUUGAUUUCAGUGGAAUUACACUAGUAUAAAACUGGAGUAGCACAGUGAAGAAUCAGGCCCUUUGUCUAUCUCUGCUUUCUUGGAUUUUGUCUUCCACACCUAGUUGCACAUUUCAUCUACAGCCCACAGACAAUUAACUGAAGUCAUCUUUAUGUAACAAAGCCCUUACUUCAUCGGUAGUCCUAGGACAGCAAGGGAUUUAUGUUUUAAAAAUAGGUCCUUUGUUUUAAAAUGUAAUACUGAUGAUGAUUAUUACUUAGGGUUUAUAUUGUGGUAGCAUUUCCAAGCCACGAGGGUGGAGGAAGGGAACUGUGUGGACUGAAUACAAUCCAAGUUCAAACGGGGCUCAGUUCCCUUCCUCCACCCCCGCCCCAUAUAUGCUUGAAAAUGUAGAUUCUUGGGGUCCAAUCCUCCACUCUUCAUAGACCUGAAACUUCCUUUGACUUCAGUGGGACGUUUUUGGUGUGCAAGGAAAGCAAGAUUGUGCCCUCUCUGGAUAGUAUAGAAGAUAAUACUCAGGGAACUGUGGGUGAGGGUGGGGUUUUUGAAUGCACGUGUGCUCUCCAGGUCACAGCAGGUGCAUGCCUAUUGAAACUAGUGGAAGCCCUUUAUACCUGUGACAGCAGAACCAACUGCAUAUAAGAAAGUCCAAAACAGUGAGAGAGAGUCCCUCAAUCUUUUUUUUUUAAUCCACAUUUACACAAGGGAGCGGAAUAUGUGAUCUGUCCUUCGUCUACUAUGUCUGAAAGCUCUAGGCUCCCUACAAAGACAUGCCAGGAUUUGAACAGAUACAGACAAUGUUACAGGGAUGUAGAGAUCACAUGGAAAAAAGGAAGGACUUGUUAUAAUGAAAGAGAAAUGACAAGGGUAUAUCUUAUUAUGAGGAGAGCUCUAAAUCUUCCACCUAAUAUUUUAAGUCUGUUACACUAGGGAAUUUUAAAUCACCAUCCUUUUUCAAUUACACAGUAACUCUAAAACAUGAUUAUCUUUGCUUCAUUACUCAGAUUCUGUCUUUGUCUGCUUUCAUUUGUUCUUACCACAAAACAACUUUUUAGCAAGAUAUUUUAAACUGCAUAAGACCUUUUCUGAAACCUAGCUCUCACUUGCCUUGUGUCUGCCAGCUGCAUGGCAUUACAUUUACGUUCUGUCAGUUAAGAGAGAGACGUCCCUUUGUUGUCUGAUGACAUGGAAAAGGAAUAUUUCUGCCUACUAAAGUAACACACCAGUUCAGAGAGUACUGUCACUCUACACCAUUGACCCAUUUUCCCAUUGUCCAUUUCUUUACUAUGCAACUAAUCCUUUCAAAACAGAAUUUUUUUUCAAGUGGAAAAAGUGUAGUUUGAAUACAAAAAAUAUACGCAAGCAUUCCAUAAGCCACCUAAAAAUCAUGGAAUAACCAGUUCCUCAGUAGGAUACUAGCACUUUGUAACAAAAUGAGAUACAUUAUAUAUUGCUGCAAAGUUUUGAUUUGUGUUUUUUCUCAAAAAUAAAACCUGUAAGAUAUCAAGUCUA